AUGGAUUUGAGCCUGACAUCUAUAUAUUUCUCGUCUCUGAACGAAUCAGUCCGGUAUCCCUUCCACAAUCAGAAGGACAUUAAUCUAAGUAUAAGUAUCUCCAUUGCCACAUUAUUCAAUGAAAAUUUUCUAUUCAACCUCAAAAACUUCCAAAUUGACCUACUGUUGUAUCAAAAUUGUUUCUCGCUAGUCAUCAAGAUAAAUACUAUCACCGGAACUAAAAUGAACGGAUCGAGAUCCCGACAAGUUUCCGUGCUCCCAAUGACCGAGUUCUCGGCCAUGGGCGCUGCCUGGAUGUCACCAGGCCCAGCCGGCUUUGAUUUUCGGAGUGAUAUCUGUACGGGAUCACAUCCUGUGAUGCUUCAGGCGAUCUUCCAAGCAGGAGAGAACGAUGGCUGGACUGCCAGCGGGGCAUCUGAGUUUGAGGCAGACAUGGCUAAGCUGACUGGCAGGGAGGCCACUAUGUUCAUGGUUUCUAGCACCAUGGCAAACCAGGUAGCCCUGAGAAGUCAUCUUGGAACUCCCCCAUAUUCUGUUUUAUGUGAUGUGCGCAGCCAUCUUGUGCAUAUGGAAGCUGGUGGUGCUGGCAGUUGGGCAGGGGCACUGGUGGUGACGGUAGUACCGUCUAAUGGUCUCUGGUUGACUUUAGACGACAUUCAGCGCUAUGCUGUUAUUUCAGAUGGAUCCGACGCGUGCACUUGUCCGACAAAACUCAUUCAUCUGGAAGUUCCACUAGGUGGCAUUGUAAUGCCACUUCGUGAGCUUAAACGCAUUUCCCAUUGGGCUAAAGCCAAAAAUAUCGCAGUUCAUUUAGAUGGUGCCAGACUUUGGGAAGCCGUCUCUUUUGGCGCCGGUACUCUUCAUCAGUACUGUGCACUCCCAGACACGAUCAACCUUUGCUUGACGAAAGGGCUUGGAGGAGCAGUGGGCAGUCUUCUCGUCGGAAAUAAAGCACAUUUGAAGCGUGCUAAAUGGAUCAGGAAGACAGUAGGAGGAUCUAUGCGACAACCAGGUUUUUUAGCCGCGGCUGCAGCAGCCUCUGUCAAGCACGUCUGGGGAAAUAAAAUUGAUGGGUCCAACAGCUUGUUGAAACCAUGCCACGAAAAAGCUGCGCGCCUUGCCAGCACCUGGACAAGUCUCGGUGGCAGACUUCUGUGCCCACAGCAGACCAACAUGAUUUGGCUAGAUCUUGACCACGCUGGCAUUGCGGAAGAAGACCCGCUCAAUCGCCGUAUUCCACGGAAUGAAGCGGUUUCGCGGGUUGCGAGAGCGAUGCAGGAGGCUUGGUCUCUUAUAUCUGCUGAGGCGUGGUUCCAUUCCAAAUAA